AUGUUGCCAGAGUUUUCUAUUUAAGCAGUUAAAUUAUAAGCUAAUACUAGGUAACCAAAACCGGUUAAGGUAAUUCAUUAAAUUAAUUCAUUAGUAUGUUCCACCUAAGCCUAAAAGUCCAGCAUAAAAAAGAAGCUGUAUAUAUUUAAGGAAAUAAGUUUAGCAUCCUAACAAAAACCUAUAAUUAAAGCAAAAACAUCAACAGAGAGAAUUUCUAGAAAAGUUUCAGAAGAUUUCUAAGAAGCCUAAUAAUAAUAGAUUGUUGCAAUAGAAGCUCCAUAAUAAAAAAUAAUUAUUAAUAUGGAUGAAAGAUAUCAAUAUUAUGAAAAUGAAGCCAAAAAGCGAUAAAAUGUGAUAGAUGUUUGUGAUGGUGUAUAGUUUUAUAAGCCUGUAAAACCAGAAGAGAUGCCCAAACCUCCUAAACCAAAAAAAUAGACAUCUAAAAUAGAAAAUGUGAAAUAAGUUUCAAGAACUGAGAAAUCAGAAAAAUAAUCAGUUUCAUCUGAUUUAUAACACUCUUUACAUUAAUCAAAAUCUCUAUAUAAUCAAACUUCUUCAAGAGAAUAACAAUAAUCUACAUCUACAUUAAUAGAAGAAUAUUAAACAUAAUAAAUAUCAGUGGAUCCUAAUUUUUUAGUUUAAGGAGAAGUAGAUGGUUAUUAAAUUGAUGAAAGUUAAUCUUAAAUGUUUGGAUUUGGUUUGACUGAUUAUAUUAAAAAUAAUGUAAAGAUGUUCAUUAAAUAAAUAGAACCAUAAAAAAGAACUUGGAGAGAAAGAUGUAACAAAUGAAGUUAAACCUUAAUCAGAAUCUGUUUAUACAUAUUAUGAUUAUUAUCCUCCAAAUGCUAAUGGAGAAAUACCUAAACCAUUACUAGAGAGUGUGAAUUAUAUGAAUUAUUUAAAAGAGCAAUAAGCCUUAUAAGCUCAAUAAGCUUAAGAAGGAUAAUAACAAUAAUAAAUAUUAUAAGGUAAAAAUAAGUGA